AUGAUUUUACAUCACCAGCAUCCAUUGACUAAACUAAUUAUGGAACAUUACCAUCGUAAGCAUUUCCACGCUGGCCAGCAAUUCUUGAUCGCCUCGGUUCGGGAGCGUUAUUGGCCGACGAAUGUUCGCAGUCUCGCUCGCAAAGUCGUUUUCGAGUGCACAUCAUGUUUCCGUAACAAACCUACGGUUCACCAGCAACUGAUGGCAGAUCUCCCAGCAGAUCGUGUAAACCCCGCAGCAGCAUUUAUCAAGACAGGGGUAGAUUUUUGUGGUCCCUUCUUUAUACGCUAUCCUGGUCGUCGUAGCACAUCAAUAAAAUGCUACGUGUCAAUCUUCGUCUGCCUGACGACGAAAGCAGUGCACAUGGAGGUGGUUGCUGACCUCACAACCCAGGCAUUCCUCGGAGCCCUUAAGCGGUUCGUUUCUAUACGUGGAAAACCGUCAGUCAUCACCUGCGACAACGCCACCAAUUUUGUUGGAGCCAAUCGAGAGCUGGAACUACUUCGACUGCAGUUGUGCAAUCAACAAUUUCAACAUACUGUUACUCGCGACUGUGAAACUGAAGGGAUCCAGUUUAAAUUUAUCCCACCAAGAUCUCCAAACUUCGGCGGACUGUGGGAGGCCGCCGUAAAAUCGUUCAAAACGCAGUUUCGUAAAACGAUUGGAUCCAGAGUUUUAACAUAUGACGAGAUACACACCGUGGUACAGCAGUUAGCAGCAAUUUUGAACUCUCGUCCUUUAACGCCACUCAGCAACGACCCCAACGACUAUGAGGCCUUAACACCAGGGCAUUUCAUAGCGGGAAGACCUCUUGUGUCAAUUCCCUCACCAGAUUUGCAGGAAAUUCCUGAGAAUCGCUUAUUCUUGUGGCAGAAGUCGCAAAGUUAUGUACAACAGAUUUGGCGGAAAUGGAAAACACACUACGAUGGUCUGUUCAAGAGAGGCAUCUCAAAAAUUUGUGUGCUUCCAGUUCGAGACAACUUCUCACCACCAAUAGCAGAAGAGUGUAAACCUCUUCCAUCGUAG